GGCUGAGGGAGGAUGGGGUGGCAGGGGCCCCGGAGCAGCUGCGUGCCCCGCCCCGCGGGCUCCUCCCCGCCGCAGCGGCCCCCCGGCUGCUGCCCGAUGCGCUGCGCCGGGAGCCGGGAGCCGGGCCGAGUCGCCGCCGCCGCCGCUGCAGGGCCGCCUGGUCCGUGAGGCCGCGGCUGCAUGGAGCCUCUGGAGGGCGCCCGCCCGGGAGAAAUAGUUAAGGAGAUUGAGGUGCCUCUGGCUGCCCUGGAUGCCCCGGCCCUUGGGACAGGGGACAGCGGCCACUUGCCUGUGGCUGAGCAGGAGGAGGUGGGAGUCCCAAUACCAGCACCAGGGCUCCUGCAGGUCACAGAACGGAGGCAGCCACUCAGCAGUGUGUCCUCCCUCGAGGUGCACUUUGACCUCCUGGACCUCACCGAGCUGACCGACAUGUCCGACCAGGAACUGGCCGAGGUCUUUGCUGACUCCGAUGAUGAGAACCUGACGGGUGAAUCACCAGCAGGCCUGCACCCACUGCCCCGGGCCGGCUGUCUGCGGUCCCCAUCCUGGACUCGGGCCAGGGCAGAGCAGAACCGCGAGAAGCAGCACCUCGGCGACCCUGAGCGGCAGCCAGCGAUUGUGGACACGUUUCUCACUGUGGAGAGGCCCAAGGAGAACUAGGCCAGGCAGCCCCGGGACCCAGGCAGAGGAAAUGUGAUGUUGCGGCUCCGUGGACACUCUGCCCACCCCACAUGGCUCCAGGUCAGGGUCUCAAGGCACCCAGCACAAGCACAGCCCAGUGGCCUGAUGUCCAAUUCCUUCCUGGUCCCUGGAUCAGGGCUGACAAUGCCCGGGGAUGAGACAGGAGUGGACUGGGCCUUCUGGAACCUUCUGUCCACAGGACUGGUGCUCUCAUCUGUCACAAGGUUCCCGAGUGGAUGCUGGGUGACGGGGGCAUCUGAGCAGAUGACUGCCGCUCUGCAAAGGCCCUGGGGUCUAGCCAAAUACGUGGGUGGAAGAGUCAAUCCUGAACAUUUCCACCUUUAUUUCAAUCCUGUCCCCUUCCAGCCACCCAGGGAGCAAUGCCAGCAAUGGGGUUCCUCCCAGGCCCUAAGACCCUGCUCGUCCUGGUCCCUGCAAGACAGCGGGCCCACCCUCCUUAGCUCAGCACACCAAAUACGGCACGAUGCCUCAGACUGCUUGGGGGUGGGCCACAUUCUUCCAGUCCCUUGCCCAUGCGGCCCCAUACCCUGUCGAUGCACAUCCUGGCCCAAGGGGUUGGAGGUGUGGGAGAACGUGGGCACAGCCCCUGGCCCCCAAAUCAGGCCACCAGGCUCAGCUGCUCCCAACACUGCUUUUUAUGUGCUAAAGGACAGGACAGGCUUCCGGUCUGAUUGCAAGUCCAAGAUUGGUUUGAAAAUAAAUGUGUGAGCUUGCUUUUUGUUCCCACGGAAACCUGCCCUGAUCUGUUCCCCACUGACACCCCACUGAAAUGUGCUCCUCCAUAGGAGCCCUGGGCAAUGGGCCCACUGUGCUUGGCUGGAGGAAGGUCCCCCAGGCAAAUUGGCCUGAGAAAUGCAGGUGGUUGCCUUCCACGUAGGGGCAGGAGACUCCCUCUCCUGCCACGUGAUCAACAACAGCACGGGGACAUUGACUGACCAGGCACAGUCAAGAAUGCCCCUUAAAACCCAAUCCUGUAAGGGUGGCCUGCCUGCACCACCACCCCGGGUCUCCCCCCACACACAUCCAUCCUUCCUGCUGCUGCGGAGCUAAUUACAGUAGUGGCAUUAAAACAUCACCCGUCCUAAGCCCUAAGGCCCAA